AUGCCCACCAACACGAUGAUCGCACCCCGGUCUGCGGCCGCAGUUGGUCUGCACGAAAACCACGCCGCUUUUCUUCAGCGCUUUGCUGCCCAAGAGGCUCAAAACCGAGCCGCGAAGCAAAAGCCGACGCUCUCAAUCGAAGAGCAUGCUGCGCACCGGGCGCAGAUGACCGAUGUCCGCUUCAUCAAGCCCAAAUACUCUGACGAAACCGAAAUCAACGUCACCGGCAUCUUCAACAAAUGGAGGCAGUACUGCACCGAUUUGAAAGUUGGCCACUGGAAGGCAACGAUUCAGAAUCUCACACGCGAAACGACGCAGGAUUUCGUCCUGUACAUGUGCGAACAAUACAAUAUCAGAUCACGGGGUAGCAUUCAUGAGUAUAUCCGUCAAUUCCAGCAACUCUACACGACAGUGAACGGACACUACAUGAACCGGAAUGACGCCAGGGAGGUGUACAAGUAUUAUCGUCGUGUCUGCAUCCCGCGCUUCGGCCAUCGGGCGCCGAACAUCGACGGCAAACCGGUGCUCAAUGUUGACAACCUGCGUGUCAUUCUGACAUUCAACAUCUCCUUUGACAACUCCAUCUUCCCCAGCGAACGGCAUCGCAUCAGUCUGGCUGGCUGCUACCAGCUCUUAUGCUAUACCGGAGCACGACCUGCUGAGCUGGUGGAUGGUGAGCGGAAGAAGCCGAAAGACGGCUCUGUGGAAGAACUCUUUGGCCACAAGGUUGUCCAGUCGUCCUCCUCGAAAGACGACAAGGAUCCUGUGCCGGCCUCCGACGAAAAAUACAAAUUGGUUGAGGGCCUUCUGACGCAGGAGACGGUCGGACGCGGGCGUCCCAAGGCCCUCUGCUACGAAGACAUUUCGAUGAUGAUUGUGCAGCACCCCGUCACCGGACGGUGCAUCCCGGCCAUGGCCAUCAAGUUUAUCCAUCACAAGGGGGCCGAUAAUAAGCCUAGGCCGACCAUCUUCUUCUUCACUCCCACCAGGAAGCUUCUCUUCUGUGCUGUUUCCACGAUCCUCGCCCUUGCCCUGCAUGACGACGCCUUCGAUGCGCCGAGCUUGACAACUGCCUCUGCAAUAUUUGGAUCGAAGCCGCCAUCCUAUAUGGUCUCCACUCCUCUCCGCUGGAAGUCGUCCAAGUUAAAGAUACCAGUAUUCCGUCGGUAUCAUGGAGCGGCCCUCUCCGAGGAUGAGGCCAUGCUGUAUUCCAAGCUCCGAGACGACAUCGGUGACCAGAGUCUCAACUCGGGACACGAGAAACGAUGGACGCCUAGGUUUGCCCGCAGAGGUGCCAGCAAUGCUGCCAAUGGAGAUGCACCUGAUUCGGUGCGUGACCAGAUGAUGCGUCAUGACCCUCAAUUCGCGACAUUUCACCACGCCUAUCUCAACGAGAUCGCCAACUUCGAUCUCCAGAAUGCGUUCCUGGAGGAGGAGAAGCAGAGCCAGCUGUUCCGACUGUUCGCCCACGUCAGUCUCACACGCGAUCCUCGAGCCGCCGCCGACAUGGUCCCUGAAGACGUGUGGGCAAGUCUCCCGCCGGAUCCAGAGAUUGUCGAGCUUGAAGAGCAGCGCGCAGAACUCAAGCAGGGCAACUACCGAAUCGACGGCCACACAGACGAAGAGAAGAUCCGCCAGCUUACCCAAGAAAUUCGCAAGAAGCGUGCGCAGCGUGACAGACAGGUGGUCAAGCAAUACCGCGAGUAUUACUUCUAUAACCGGCCCACCUGGGACAUUGAAAGACAGGCCCGGGGAGAAGAGGAGGAGGAGUACGCAGAGCCCGACAUCAAUGUCACCAUCCCCGAACGCGCUGCAUUGGCAAAGAUUUUCUGCCGCCAGCCCGACGACUUGACUGAAGAUCAGAUCUUCGAGCGCAAAAUCGAGGCCGUCAACCUCAUGGUGGCUCUCUGCGACAAGAGAGAGACGGCCAAGCGUGAUCGCAUUCAGCCAAGGGCCAAAGCCUGCCUGUCCAUAAAGACCGAGCCUCUCGAAAUAGAACACAAAACGUUGCCCAGCCCCGAUCGAUUCCCUCUGCUCCUGCAUGCUGCACAAUGUCCCGAUUGUAUCGGUGAUGAGCGACUCUCUCGUGAAGAGCGCGCCUUUACAUACUGCCGCCCGACUGUCAUGAACGACCACUUCGAUGACCAGCAUCUAGUCAGACGCGAGCAAGCUGAGCGUAAUGGUGAGAAGAUACGGUGCGAGCAUCCCAAGUGUCGAGAUCUCAAAUUUAAACACGUCAACCACUUCCGGCACCACGUUCAGGAAGUCCAUGGUGUCACGCUGCGGUCGUCGGAGCAAGUGCAACAGAGGCGGCAGCGAAAGGAAAGGCGCCGCCAAAUGGUCAGGAAACAGUGCAAGCUAGUACAAUAG